CUUGUCUUUAAAUAUCUAAUUUUCAGAUAUUUGCAUUAUAACUACAUGAGGGAGAUUCCUUAUGAAUUUUUUGAAGAGUUGCAGGAUAUAUUACGAGUGUAAGAUUUUGAUCAGAUGUAUUUGAUACAUUUACGGUUUAUUAGUAGAGCUAUAUGAAUAGAAAGCGCCUGGAGGUUCCUUUAAUUCAAAUGUUUACUAGCACAAAGCUUCAGGCAAAUGAGUUUGUGGUUUCUAUACCUUACUAAAUAUCUAUGGUCACCUUUCUUCACCCUAUUGACAACUUUUAUAACAACCUCCAUUUUGUUGGGUAAUACGCCUCACAAAGACUGCUAUUGCGCACUACAUUGCUUCACAAUAUCGCGAGAAAAAUUUUCGAACAUAUUCAAUGAAGAUUCAUAGUUACAAAGACCCCCAUAUGAGGAAAUGAAUUCUGAUUGACUGAUCUCGCGUUUCAUUCAUGCUCUUAGGGUAUAGGCUUUUGGUUUUAUCUUUUACUCUAUCCUUAUGGACUGAAUGGCAUCAAAUUUUACGGUUGCAGGAGUUUGGACACAAACCUGAUGUGUUGUCAUAUGCACAAGGAGGACGCUGACUGUGCUUUCAUUGAUAACGACGACUUUUCCAACUGUGAGAGCAUGUUCAAGAACCCAGCCCCGAGGAAGAGCAUAUGGGCAGUCGGCUCCCUUUCCCUGGCUGGGUCGGUGCUUGUCAUCACCUGGCGUUCAGUCUUUAAGGAUACAAACACGGUACAGUCAAUCAUGUUGUUGCACUUGGCAGUCUCCGAUGGUUUAAUGGGAGCAUACCUAAUCACACUGGGUGUCAAAGAUCUGUUGUGGAGAGGAGAGUAUUACUUACAUGACUUCCAGUGGCGGUCCGGUUUGGCUUGCCAGAUAACUGGUGCUACCUCUUUGCUAUCCAGUGAGGUCUCCUUGAUACUGAUGGCUUUGAUAUCUGCAGACCGACUCAAGAACAUUGUGUUCCCGUUCAGAGGUGGAGCACUUUCGUGGAAGAUGACCCACAUCCUUUGCGCCAUCAUAUGGCUCGUCGGCGUCCUCCUGGCUUUCUUUCCGAUGUUUGGCUUGAGAUACUUCGAAGAUUUUAAAACAUAUCACAACUAUUACGGAAAAAGUGUAGUCUGCCUUCCCUUACAGCUCUCUCGUUACAAAACGGAAGGCUGGGAGUACUCUGUUUCUGUAUUUGUUGGCCUCAAUUUCUUCCUCGUCAUAUUCAUCACAGUUGCCUACCUCGCUAUAUUCAUAAGCAGAGUGCGAGUUAAAAACCAAUCAGCCAACACAAGGAGGGAGACCGGUCUGGCCAAGAGAGUGUUCUUCAUCAUCUUCACUGACUGUCUCUGCUGGAUGCCAAUCAUCGUGUUUGGUAUGAGGUCGCUUUUGGAGAAGAAUUUCGAGCCACCCAGAGACUUAGCUGCUUGGAUUGCCGUGUUUGCUCUGCCCAUCAAUUCAGCGAUAAACCCGAUUCUGUACACGUUAGCAACACCAAAGGUAAAGAAUAACAUUUCUUCAUUAUCUCUUAAAUCUAAAUUAUUUGAGGCAAGACCCGGCGGUCUGGCGCUUAACACGGUGGGUUCUUUAACGCACUGACAGGGGUCUUCUUAAGCUAGACACUCUGACAGUGACUGUUUCCAUUCAGCUGUUUAAACGAGUAGUUUUAACCUGCCUGAGAAAGUUAGCUUAUACUUCGUCCAAGUACUGGCCUGAAUCAUCCCGGUUGCUUUACACUACCAAGAGUGUGAUGAUUAUAAAGACGUCAAGCAAGCAAUCAAUCAUUGACACUUGUCACUCUGUAACAAUUGAUAAGGGAAAAUGGUCAGUUGAUGGACGUCGUUAUUGACAAUUUUCUCUCCUCUCCAGGCGCAAGAGUAUCUGGGAAGCAAAAUAGCAAUGCUGAGAAGCUUCAUACGGAGUACUUUUCACUGCAGUGAAUAUCAAGAGAGUAGUUAUGCCCAUUUUUCCAUAUUUUCUAUUACAUAGUUUAUAGACUAAAAUUGAAAACGUUGUUCUUAAUAGUAAAACGUUCUUUCUGUGACUAACGCCACGUUUGAGAUGGAUAUCAUAUUGUAGUAGUAUCAAUCUGUUGAUUUACUCAUGCCUUGUUUGAUAAGGACAACAACAAGAUCCACGAGAGAUUGAAGAUAACGGACAACAAGAAGGUAACACCAUUUUUACUGAGUUCUUUUUGUCACUGUAUCCUCCUAAGGAAUCGUUUUCAUUUACAUUUUUAUUUUCCCGAUGUUGUCCUCCAGUUCGUUUUUUAUCUUUGUUUCCCCAGAUCAACAAGAAGGAGAAGCGAUGGAAAUGCAGAUUCUUGGAUUGCCACAUCCAGAUCAAGGUGUUUAA